AUGACAAAUGGGUUGAGGGAAGGGGAUGGGGGAAGAGAAGGGGGUGAAAGUGAUGCAAUUGAUGAAGGUGACAAUAUGGAGGGGGACAACGUGAGAGGUGGCAGUAUUGAACGUGACAAUAUCGAAGGUGUUGCCCAUCUUGUUAGUCGGCAUAAGAAUGAUAAAGACACGAGUGCUGCUGCUUGUUUAGCUGCUGCUCUGGCCAUGGCUUAUGGGGGGGUGGACGACGGAGAUGAGGAGAUGGAGGAGGAGAAAGAGGAAGAGAAGGGAGAGGAGGAGAAAGAGGAGGAGAAGGAAAAGGAGAAUGAGGAGGAGAAGGAAGAGGAAAAGGAAGAAGCAGAGAAAUCAGAGAGAGCAGAGGAAGCCAUGGGAGCAGAGGAUGCGUCUGAUUUGGUCUCGUCCCUAGUAGCAAGCAGGAGAACAGGAGUGAGAACGUUCCUGGGACCAGCGGCACAAGGCCAGGGUGAAGGCAGCUUCCGGGAAGGAGGUGGCGAGGGUGCAAACGAUGGUGGUGACAAUAUGGAGGAUGACAAUAUUGAAGGUGCUACUAAUGUCGUUGGUGGGGAUGAAAACGACACAAGUGGUGCGGAUUCCUGUUUUGCUUCUCUGCUUGCCAUGGCGUAUGGGGGGGUAGAUGGGGAAUACGAGACAGAGGAACAGGAAGAGGAGGCGGAGGAAGAAAGGGAGGAGGAAAACGAGGAUGAAGGGGGUAAGGUAGAGGAGGGGAAGGAGAAGGAGGAAGAGGAAACAGAGGAGGAGAAGGAAGAGCAGAGAGAGGAGGACGAUGGUUUAGAUGAUGAUUUGGUGUGUGCUGACGCAGAAAACACGAGACGCAUGUGGGAGGCUGCUGAUGCUCCUCCUCCUCCUCCUGCUUCUGCUGCUGCUGCUGCUGCUGAUCCUGCAGCUUCUGCUUCUGCUGUUGCUGCUUCUGCUGCUGCUGCAGAGGAAGCAGAGGAGGAAGAUGAUGACUUGGUGUGUGGUGAUGCAGAUGACAUGAGAUGCAUGUGGGAAGCUGCUGAUCUUAAUGCUGCUGGUGAUGUUGCUGCUGACGCUGCUGCUGCCACUGCUGCUGCUGAUGCUGAUGCUGCUGCUGCCACUGCUGCUGCUGCUGUUGCAGAGGAAGCAGAGGAGGAAGAGGAUGACUUGGUGUGUGGUGAUGCAGAGGACAUGAGACGCAUGUGGAAGGCUGCUGAUCUCAAUGCUGCUGCUGAUGCUGAUGUUGUUGCUUUUGCUGCCACUGAUGCUGAUGCUGCCACUGCUGCUGUUGCUGCUGCAGAGGAGUCAGAGGAAGCAGAGGAGGAUGAUGAUGAUGACUUGGUGUGUGGCGAUGCAGACGACAUGAGGCGUAUGUGGGAGGCUGCUGAUUCUCCUCCUCCUCUUCCUCCUCCUGCUUAUGCUGCUGCUCCUGCUGCUGCCGCAGAGGAAGCAGAGGACGAUGAUGAUGACUUGGUGUGUGGCGAUGCAGACGAUAUGAGGCGCAUGUGGGAGGCUGCUGCUGCUGCCAACGCUGCUGCUCUGCGUGCUGCUGCUGCAGCUGCUGGGGCUACCACAGUUGGUGCCGCUGCUGCCGGUUCUGCUGCUGAUGCUGCUGUUAAACCGGGUGCGGGUGGGGAAGAAGAGGAGGAAGAGGAUGAGUAUGGGGAAGAGGAGGAGGAAGAGAGGGAGGAGGAAGAGGAGGAGGAGGAUUUGGUGGUUGAUAAUGCGGAGGAGAUGAGGCUAGUGUGGGAGGCUGCUGCUGGUGAUGGUGCUGCUGAUGCCGCUGUUGGUGCUGCUGGUGCUGGUGGUGGUGCAGGUGCUGCUGCUGUCCUGGGUGCGGGUGGGAAAGAAGAGAAGGAAGAGGAGGAGGAUUUGGUGGUUGGUGAAGCAGAGGAGAUGAGGCGAGUGUGGGAGGCUGCUGCUAAGGCGAGGCAAGCCAAGCGCCAAGCGCAGUGGCACAUGGAGCAGCAACGACGGCAUCAGCAGGAGGGGCUGCAGCAGCAGCAGCAGCAGCAGCAGCAGCAGCAGCAGCAGCAGCAAGGGCAGCAACAGCAGCAGGGGCUGCAGCGGCAGCAGCAGCAGCAGCAGCAGCAGCAGCAGCAGCAGCAGCAGCAGCAGCAGCAGCAGCAGCAGCAGCAGCAGCAGCAGCAGCAGCAGCAGCAACCGCAGGGGCAGCAGCAACUGCAGCAGCAACAACAACGGCAGCAGCAGCAGCAGCAGCAUUACCAGAAGCAGCAGCAGCAGCACAACCAACAGCAGCAGCAGCAGCAGCAGCACUACCAGCAGCAGCAGCAGCAGCAGCAGCAGCAGCAGCAGCAGCAGCAGCAGCAGCAGCAGCAGCAGCAGCAACAGCAGCAACAGUGGGUGGAAGCUGAGAGCCUUAGCAGCGACGAGGGCAGCAGUCAAGACGAGCACGCUGCUAGCAGUACCAGCAGCGCAGAUAUUGCCUCGUUUGGUGCUGCCUCGUUUGGUGCUGCCUUGUUAGGAGGUGCUUCGUUUGGUGCUGCUUCGUUUGGUGCUGCUUCGUUAGGAGUCAAGGAAUUCACGGGAGUGAGAGGGGUCAAGGGAGUCAAUGGGGGUAAUGGAGUCAAAGCUACAGCUAUGGGAGCAGAGCAGAGAGCAGAGCAGAGAGCAGAGCAGAGAGCAGAGCAGAGAGCAGAGCAGAGAGCAGAGCAGAGAGCAGAGCAGAGAGCAGAGCAGAGAGCAGAGCAGAGAUCAGAGCAGAUAGCAGAGCAGAGAGCAGAGCAGAGAGCAGAGCAGAGAGCAGAGCAGAGAGCAGAGCAGAGAGCAGAGCAGAGAGCAGAGCAGAGAGCAGAGCAGAGAGCAGAGCAGAGAGCAGAGCAGAGAGCAGAGCAGAGAGCAGAGCAGAGAGCAGAGCAGAGAGCAGAGAAGAGAGCAGAGAAGAGAGCAGAGCAGAGAGCAGAGCAGAGAGCAGAACAGAGAGCAGAGAAGAGAGCAGAGAAGAGAGCAGAGCAGAGAGCAGAGCAGAGAGCAGAGCAGAGAGCAGAGCAGAGAGCAGAGCAGAGAGCAGAGCAGACAGCAGAGCAGAGAGUGCAUGGGGUUCGGGAAGGAGGGGGAGUAGGGCCUGGGGCUUGGAAGGGCGGGCAUGGAAGGUUCGACGCAGUUGAUGUUGAUGACUCGGAUCCUAGUCACGGUGACUCAGCUUCAAGCGGCGAUGAGUCAGACGCAUCCACUGCUAAGGCCAGGGCAAGCAUGGGGGAGGCUAGUGAUUGUCGGUCCACUGCUGCAGCAGGUGGGAGGAAUGGUGGGCCUGGUGGGGGCGUUGGGAUUGGUGGGGGUGCUGUAGAAGGUAAGGGGAGUGGUGGGGAUGUUGCAGGUAGGAAAGCCAGCAGCGGGUCAGAAGGGAGCUUCGAGGCUCGGGUUGUCAGAGCGUCUGCAGCCCAGCGGGCUUCUGGUGAAGGGACCCUUGGAGUGGGGAUAUUGGCAGGUGAGAGGGGAGAGGCAGGUGCAGACGCAGCAGCAGUUAGGGGAUCACAAAGAGCAACAGGAGGUGCAGGAGAAGGAGGAGCAGGAGGAGUAGACGCAGCAGCAGGAGCAGCAGAAACGGCUGACAGAAGGACCGAAGGAAAUGUUCUUAGGGAAACACAAAUGACAAAAGCUGCAACUACGUCAACGGAAGUCGCAGCAGGAGAGAUGAGCGGAGGGAAAGCAGGCACAAGCACGGGUGCCGCCGUAGGAAGAGAGAGAAGGACAGCAGCAGGAGAAGCUGCAGAUACGACAGGAGCAGCGGACAGAAGAGGGGCAGGAACAGCAGAUGGGAGUGGGUUUGAAGAAGCAGCAGCAUUAAAUCUGGCUGCGGAAAGAGAGAGAGACACAACGGCAGGAGCAGCAGAGGAAGAGAGGCAACGGCAGGGGAGUUUGAGUGGAGAGAAAAGGUCGAGGGGGGAGAGGGUGUUCAAAGGGGGGAAUUCAAAGCAAAAAGAAAGGUCGGAUGGAGGGCAUACAGCAUUGAAGAAGCAAAGGAGAGAUGUUGGAAUGAAGGGUGAUGGGUUGAAUGGUGAGAAACGUAAUAUAGGGAAGAGAGGGAGGGAGGCUGAGGCAGGGGAUAAAGGAGAUGGUGCACGAGGGAGUCAUGCGAAGUGGGGGGGAGUGAGGGAAGGCGGGGAGGAAGAAGAGGAGAGAGAGGAGAAGGCAGGGGGAGGAAAAUAUGAGAGGGAAGAGGAGGGAAGGAAAGAGGGGUACAAUGGGGCAGUGGGAGCAACAAUGGCAGGAGGAGAAAUCGCAGGAGCAGCAACAACAGAAGAAGCAAUGACAGGUGCAACCUUGGCAGGAGCAGCAGUGGAGAUGGGGAGAGAGGCGAUGCGGCAGAGUGAGGGGUUUCAGAGUAUGGAGGACGAGGAGUGGAGGGAGCGACAGAAGGUGCUGCAGCAGCAGGCGGAGGAGGCUCAGGCUGAGAAGAGAAGGAGGAGGGCUGAGCGUGCCGAACGUGAGAGGCUGGAACGGAUGCAGGCUCGGCAGCAGAAGCGGGUGGAGGAGGUUCGACAGCAGCAGGAGCAGGUGGAGCGGGCAUCUGGUCUCAAGGACCAGCUGAGAGCGUCAGUCCACGCUGACCUUGUCAAGCGCCUGGCAGGGUGCCGUGACUUUGCGUCAGUCCUUGAUAAAAUCGGGAUCAAAGUGGACGGCAUGCCACAACCAUCGACUCAGCAGGUUGAAGCAUCUUUCAAGAAGGCGCUGCUUCGGUAUCACCCGGACCGGAUGGCGAGGCUCGGAGCAGGAGCGGACGUUCGGAAGCAGGUAGAGGCAGAGGAGACGUUCAAGAUGAUGCUGGAGAAGAAGAAAACGCUUCCGCUUGUUGCACCACCUGCUGCACCUGCUGCUGCCCCAGCUUACCCGGACUUUGGUCUGCCCAAGUAUCACAAGUUUGGCAGGAGACGUUAUUAUUACUAA